AUGAGCGCAGAAACUCCGACCGUUGCUGGCCGCGCCAUCACAGAAACAAUUCUGCAGGAUGAGUCGAUUCCCGGCACGAGCAGCAAUAACCACCAGGAACCACCAGUAUUACGGUUACGGUUGCAAAAACCUCGCAAUGGCAAGAAAGUACAAUGGACGAAUGGGACCGUAGAUAAUGAACAUAUGAAUAAGAAAAAGUCGAAAUGCUGUUGCAUCUAUGUUAAACCACGCGCUUUCGGCGAAAGCUCAUCCGAAAGUGAGGAUGAGUGUGAACAUUGCUUUGGUCAUGUUGAGCUGAAGAAAAAGAACCAGAAAGUACCAUUGAUGCCUGAGGAGCGAGACGAUGGCGGGAAUGGCGACGACGGCGGAGAUGCAAAUCAUUCGGAUGAUAUCGCCGGAUCUUCCUGA